CUACCUAGUCAGAGUGUCUCCCGCCAGCCUCGCGCAACUAACAGCUCCACUCCGGCACCCCCACGCCGCAACAAGUGUGACUGGGAGUGUGAAUCAGAGUGACUUGAAGUGGUUUGCGUAAAGAGGGAAAGAGGUGCAGAGAAGGAUUUGCAAGUGCCUCUCAUCUUAAGCCAUCCUCUUCUACCUCAUCCAUCGGUUCAAGAGGAGGAGCGAGAGGAGACGCGCCAGAUACCACGAAGGGAAGAGGAGAUAAGGGAAGCGUCAAGGAGAGAAACAGACAGACGGAGAGACAGGACAGCCAGCCCUCAGCCUUGACGCGAGAAGAAUAGGACAACAGGACGAAUUCUGAAGAUACGAGUGAAGAUAAAAGGAGACGGUGUGAAGACAAUCCCUGCGGACGAGUGAAAACUGUGCCAUACAAGUACAAACUAUAUAGGAGGAGGAAAGACGCCACUUGAGAGAAGAGUUUAUGGAAUACCAGAAGAAAUAGCAGAAGGGAGGUGAAGACAAAGGAAGGAAAGAGAAGAUAAGACAAGACAACAGCGAGAGAUAGACACAAAGGAGAGAGAGGACAACACAAAUCUAACUCAAGAAAAGACAAAAAACGAUGACAAACGGAAAGGAAGGGAAGAAGAAAGGAAGAUAAGAAAAUACAGGAAGAGAGAGAGAACAGCACAAACCUAACUCAAAAGACAAUAGCCGUUCUAGUCUUUCAGUAGUAUCACUUUCGUACCUUCAGUAGCAAGAUGGGGCGGUACACGGGCAAGAAAUGUCGCCUGCUCACCAUGUUCGCGAUGACCGCCAGCUUCUUCCUGGUGGAGCUGGUGGUGGGCUACAUCACCAACUCAAUGGCCCUCGUGGCAGACAGCUUCCACAUGCUCAGCGACGUCCUGGCGCUCGUCAUAGCCUUCCUCAGUGUAAAGAUGUCACCAAAGAAGUGGAGUAAAAACACCUUUGGCUGGGCACGAGCGGAGGUCUUGGGCGCCCUCGUCAACAGUGUGUUCUUGCUGGCACUCUGUUUCUCUAUAUUCGUGGAGUCGUUAAAGAGGUUAUACGAGACGGAGGAGCUACACAACCCACAGAUGAUCCUCAUAGUGGGCGUCAUAGGCCUCAUCAUCAAUCUUGUUGGCCUCGCGCUCUUCCAUGAGCAUGGUCACGGCCACAGUCAUGGAGGACACGGACACUCCCAUGAGAACAAACUGUCCACCAUAAACACGAUGGUGGCCACGGACGACAACGAGAAUGACGAGCGCUACACGCCGCCCCUGCCCAGCAUCACUCCGAGCUCACAGCGGGCAGAUGGUCACAAGAGCGCCUCACAGAUGAAUAUGAGGGGCGUCUUCCUUCAUGUGCUCUCUGACGCUAUGGGCUCGGUGGUGGUGAUCAUCAGUGCGCUGGUGGUGUGGCUCACGGAAUGGGAGUACUCCGCCUACAUUGACCCGGCGCUCUCCCUGUGUCUGGUGUCCCUUAUCACUGCCAGCACUUGGCCGCUCCUCAAGGUGUCAGCCCUCAUCCUCCUGCAGACAGUUCCUACUCAUAUUCAGGUUGACGGCAUCCAGAAGCAGCUGCUCAACGUUGAUGGCGUGUUGGCCGUGCACGAGUUCCAUGUGUGGCAGUUGGCGGGGGAGAGGAUCAUUGCCUCAGCGCACAUCAGGUGCCGCAACCUGAAGGACUACAUGGUCCUGGCCGAGAAGAUCAAAAAGAUGUUCCAUGAGGAGGGCAUCCACUCCACCACCAUCCAGCCAGAGUUUGUGGAGUUUGAGGAUGACGACGCCUCGGCCUCACUGGACUCUGUCGAGGAUUGCAUUCUUGACUGUCCCUCCAAAGACAAGGAAGGCUGUGUGGCCAACACCUGCUGUGGUCCUUCCAAACAGUCCGAAGGGGUGCCAGCCGCAACAAACUGCCGACAACGGAACAGUACCGAGAUCCACAUUGGGAACCAGGUGGUGGAGAACACGGCCGAAGGAGCCACUGAGGGCGGAUACCUGCUGGUGCCCACGUCGGUGAACCACAUCUCCUCUGUCUGACAGUGGCCUUCCGAUAGCCAUCUCCCGGAGCCAGCAGCAGAUGACUGACAGUGAAUCAACCUGGCUGGGGAAAAUGGGGCGUUACGGGGAAAGCAAUGAGGUGAUAAGUUAUUGUGUUAUUCAGGGCACUGCCAAUGAUGAGUGGGUGGGUGGUGGGUAGUCCAGAUCUUGUACAUGGGGUUUGGGAGGGUAGGUGAGUGGUACAAAUGCCAAAUGUCAUUCAUUGGGUUAUGUGGGGAGGAGAGUCAACAGUUCUAUGUGGGGUCCCUCCCUGCUCAGCAUGCCCGGGCAUUACAGAAGCCAUUUGGCCACCUUCAGGGAUACUACUAACUCGUAGUACUUGUGUACCUACUGAGCAUCUCGUAGCCAGUGUGGGUGUGGCAGUGCAACUCCCUGAGCAGUAAUGGGACACCUUCAGGUUGUGAUAUCAGUCAUAUAUUUAGUCUGGGGGGAUGUGUCUGAUUACACAAACCACCAACUCCCUCUCGAGGACAUGGCUAAAAAGAUUGUUGAGGUAUAUAGCUGUUCAUUGCACAUCAUUCAGUGACCAUUUUGUAGGGAUGUUGUUAAGUGUAUGCGAGAAACUAAUGGAGGGUGGGAGGGAGGGCGGGUGGGAAGAGUAUUUUUAUGAGGAUGGUGAAGGAGGGGUGCCAAGGUGUGUGUGUUUCCCAGAUGUUAUGGGAAGGCAGGAAACUUUGUUCUGUGACUUCUGAAUCAGUGUUAGAGUUGACCAGCAGGUGAGUGGGCAUUUAUCAUACUGGGCGUGAGCCAUGGCAGGGAAGCAUAAUCACACCCUUGUGCCUCAACAGGCCGUAGGAAGAACACUGGGAUGGGUCUCUUGGUAAAAAUUGCCCCUUUCCCUGAAGACCAAAAGGCUACCAUUUUGAUGUGUACCUUGAGGAUACAUUGUGUUCACAGGAUGUUAGUUCAAGAACAAUUAGAAUCUUGAGUUUGUUCUGAUGUGUUCAUAAGUUAGUCCUGUGUUCAUGGUGUGUUGCUCCUCGUGGCAGUCCCAAGAUGUUAGAAGCACCCAGCCCUGAGGGGCAGCCCCAACAACUAGCAACACUUGACACUGGUUGCCCUGAUCAGGGUUCUUCCCACGGACUGACUCAAGUCUUUAAAAGAAAAAAAUGUACAUAAUGUAGAUGAGUUUUUAAGGUUUUAUAUAAAUGUGUACAACUUGCAUAUGUAGGUGUGUGCUGUAGCAGAGUUGGUUUUAUGAAUGAGAAAAGGUAUAGAGAGUAAUUAAUGGCAGUAUGUAUUUAUAUUAUUUUUGUAUAUAUCUUAUCACUAAAUUUGUCUUUCAAGAGAUUUUUAUUAUGGAUUUGACAUUUUCUUAAAUUUAUUACUCAAAGUAUAGCAGUAAUUAGAUAUUGACUACAGACACUUCUCAGAGAAGUUAAAAAUUUGUUGGUAAGGGCAAAGAUUUCAAUACAUAUAAUUUCCCUGACCAUUGAAGCUUUGAUUCGUUGUGUGUGUGUGGCCGAGUGAUAGGCGACGCGUGGCUUGGUAGGUCAGAGUAGCGACUUGGCCGCCCGCUGAGUUUAGUGACGGACUCCCCUAGAGCUCAACACGUCUUGAUCUGAAGGAGUUCUGAUUUUCCCAACAGGAAGUUUUUAUUCCAAACAUACUGUAGCUACUGGUCAUUAUAUGACUUUAAAGUCUCAAUAACUGGGAGGGAUGUGACACUCUGCCAAUUCUUAUCUUGUAUUACCGGACUAUUUAUAAAAUCUAUGAAUGUUGACCCAUUAAAGUAUUAAAAGUAAUUAUCA